CCACACUUCUCCAGGUUCGCACCGCCACACCGCCACGCUUCUUCCAUUUUCCGUCCGUAUUCAAAAAGGGUCGCGCUGUCUCUGAUUGGAUCUGGCGGUCAACCGAAGCUUCAAGACUUUUCUAUUCCUUGGCUGUAUCUUUGUGGCGACCUUUUCCCUGUAUCCUUCUCUCGUCUCGGAGCUCUCAAUGGUCGAAUUCCAAAUUGUGUCUGAUUUACAUCUGGAAAAUCCAUCUGCCUACGAUGUCUUCGAGGUCAACCCCCACGCACCAUACUUGGCACUUCUGGGUGACAUAGGGGUGGUGGAGGAUGCUGGAUUCUUCACUUUUAUUGAAACUCAACUCGCCCAGUUUCGGAUGGUGUUCCUGCUGUUGGGAAAUCACGAACCAUGGCAAUCGUCAUGGCCGAAGACCAGACUGAAAAUAUCCGAGUUCUCUGACUCGGUCAAGAAACGACGGAAAUUGAAUGAUGUCGCAGAAAAGCAACAGGGUGAAUUCGUCUUACUAGAUCAGACUCGAUACGAUGUUUCUGCAGACGUUACAAUCCUGGGGUGUACCCUUUGGUCUAACAUUGCCGAAGAAUACAAAGAACGUAUCAGCUUUGGAAUAAGUGACUUUUACUAUGUCUCCGAUUGGGAUAUUGAAGAUCACAUCAGCCGUCACAGAGCAGAUCUGCAAUGGCUCAAUGACCAGGUUGCACAAAUUGCAGCUUCUGAACCAGAACGAAAAAUUGCCAUCUUCACACACUACAGUCCUGUCACAACCGAUCCACGUGCGGCUCAUCCAAAGCAUAGCAAUAGCCCUCUGUCUUCGGGAUUUGCAACGGAUCUUUCUGGGGAAAGAUGCUGGACCAAUCCUCAAGUGCGCCUUUGGGCAUUCGGACAUACUCAUUACAAUGCGGACUAUACUGAUGAAGCCACCGGCAAACGGGUUAUCAGUAAUCAACGGGGGUACUACUUUUCCCAGGCUGCCGCAUUUGCUUCGGAGAAGGUCUUUCAUAUUUGAUCAAAACAGUCCGUGACGUGUGGGAUGUGCAUCUGGCCCUGUCCUUGGGAGCAAAGUCUCCCAAGUUUUGCUCGUCAUUAAUCUCGGAACAUCAAUUUUAAGUUUCCGAGUCGCUACUAGAGGCUUUGUGGAUACGAUCAUAUUUAAUGAACACAAUAGAAAAUUGGUAGGACCAUGACACUGGUCGUAGCAGCUUUGGGCUAUCUUCUGUUGUACCCGAGGUCGGCUGGACUCGCGUUCGGCACCACCGUUCCCUCCUUGGCGUUCGUUCGGAUGACAGACACUCAUA